CGGCAUCAGAAAUCAGGGUGGAACCUGUUACCUCAAUUCCCUUCUUCAGACUCUUCAUUUCACACCUGAAUUCAGAGGUUCGAAUCAUACCCUUACAGUUACAGAGGCUGUUUGCUCAGCUUCUGCUCUUGGACCAGGAAGCUGCAUCCACGGCUGACCUCACAGACAGCUUUGGGUGGACCAGCAAUGAGGAAAUGAGGCAACAUGACGUACAGGAACUGAAUCGAAUUCUCUUUAGUGCUUUGGAAAUCUCUUUAGUCGGGACCUCCGGCCAUGAUCUCAUCAAUCGUCUAUAUCACGGAACCAUUGUUAACCAGAUUGUUUGUAAAGAAUGUAAGAAUGUCAGUGAAAAGCAGGAAGACUUCUUAGAUCUAACCGUAGCAGUCAAAAAUGUAUCCGGUUUGGAAGAUGCUCUCUGGAACAUGUAUGUAGAAGAGGAAGUUUUUGACUAUGACAACUUAUACCACUGUGGAACUUGUGACAAGCUGGUUAAAGCAGUAAAGUCGGCCAAAUUACGUAAGCUGCCUCCCUUUCUUACUGUUUCAUUAUUAAGAUUUAAUUUUGAUUUUGUGAAGUGUGAACGAUACAAGGAAACUAGCUGUUACACGUUCCCUCUCCGGAUCAAUCUCAAGCCUUUUUGUGAACAGAGUGAAUUAGAUGAUUUGGAAUAUAUAUAUGACCUCUUCUCGGUCAUUAUACACAAAGGUGGUUGCUAUGGAGGACAUUAUCAUGUGUAUAUUAAAGAUGUUGAUCAUUUGGGGAACUGGCAAUUUCAAGAGGAAAAAGGUAAACCAGAUGUGAAUUUGAAAGAUCUUCAGAAUGAAGAAGAGAUUGAGGAUCCAUUGAUAAUUCUGAAAGCAAUCUUAUUACAGGAGGAGAGUAAUCUAAUUCCUAUAGAUCAGCUGGGCCAGAAACUGUUGAAAAAGAUAGGAAUAUCUUGGAACAAGAAGUACAGAAAACAGUAUGGACCAUUGCGAAAGUUCUUACAGCUUCAUUCUCAGAUAUUUCUACUCAGUUCAGAUGAAAGUACAGUUAGUCUAUUGAAGAACUCUUCUCUCCGGGCUGAGUUUGAUUUCCAAAGGAAUGAUCAACACAUUUUCAAGACCCUUACUUCAGAAUCCCCAGGACUAAAUGAUAGAAGCUCCUGUCCUCACUGGUUUGAUAUAAAUGAUUCCAAAGUCCAACCAAUCAAGGAAAAGGAUAUUCAACAGCAAUUUCAGGGUAAAGAGAGUGCCUAUAUGUUGUUUUAUCGGAAAUCCCAGUUGCAGAGACCCCCUGAAGCUCGAGCUAAUCCAAGAUACAGAGUUCCACGUCAUUUGCUGAAUGAAAUGGAUGCAGCCAACCUUGAACUGCAAACAAAAAGGGCAGAAUGUGAUUCUACAGACAAUAAUUUUGAACUACAUCUCCACCUGGGCCCUCAUUAUCAGUUCUUCAACGGGGCUCUGCAUCCUGUGGUCUCUCAAACAGAAAGCAUGUGGGAUUUGACCUUUGAUAAAAGAAAAACUUUAGGAGACCUUCGACAGUCAAUAUUUCAGCUGUUAGAAUUUUGGGAAGGAGAUAUGGUUCUUAGUGUUGCAAAGUUUGUACCAGCAGGACUUCAUGUUUACCAGACGCUUGAUGGAGAUGACCUGACACUGAGUGAAAUUGAAAUUGCUGAUGGGGAAGACAUCUUUGUAUGGAAUGGGGUGGAGGUUGGCGGAAUCCAGAUUCCAACUGGUAGUGACUGUGAACCUCUGCUCUUAAAUGUUCUUCAUCUGGCAACAAGCAGUGAAGGAGAAACGUGUCAGCAGUUGAUAGAAUUUCCACAUGUCUUUCCAGCUAAUGCAGAAGUAGGCGCUGUAUUCACAGCUUUAGCAAUCCCAGUAGGUGUCCUCUUAAUCAACAAUACUGAAUCUAUGGGAGAAAAGAGCUGGACCACCAUUCCCAAGGAAGACUUUAAGAAGACAUUCAGAGAACAAGGUGUCAGAAAUGGAAGCUCAAUUUUAAUUCAGGAUUCUAAUGAUGAUAAGAGUUUAUUGGCGAAACAAGGGCAAUGGAUCGCUAGUAUGAAUGAGAUUGACUGGCUCCAAGUUAAAAAUUUAUGUGAAAUAGAAUCUGAAGAAGAGCAAGUUAAAAUAUCAGCAACUGUUAACACAGUGGUGUUCGAUAUUCGAAUUAAAGCCAUAAAGGAAUUAAAAUUAAUGAAGGAACUAGCUGAGAACAGCUGUUUGAGACCUAUUGAUAGAAAUGGGAAGCUGCUUUGUCCAGUCCCAGACAAUUAUACUUUGAAGGAAGCAGAGUUGAAGAUGGGGAGUUCAUUGGGACUGUGUCCUGGAAAAGCACCGACUUCCUCUCAGCUGUUCCUGUUUUUCGCUGUGGGGAGUGACGUUCAGCCCGGGGCAGAGAUGGAGAUCAUAGUAGAAGAAACAAUAUCUGUGAGAGAUUGUUUAAAGAUAAUGCUGGAGAAAUCUGGGCUACCAGGAAACGCAUGGCAUUUACGAAAAAUGGAUUGGUGCUAUGAAGCUGGGGAGCCUUUAUGUGAAGAAGGUGCAACACUGAAAGAGCUUAUGAUAUGUUCUGGAGAUACUUUGCUUUUAAUUGAAGGAAAACUUCCUCCUCUGGGUUUCCUGACGGUGCCCAUCUGGUGGUACCAGCCUCGGCAUCCCUCGGGUCACUGGAAGAGUCAUCAGGACCAGAUGAACUGUACCCCUCCUCAAGGUGGGAUCUGGAGACCCAUUUCCGCCCAAGGUGCUCCUGGUGACGGACAUGCAGAAGUUUCCCUCCACUACUUGGGAGACGUUGAAAUCUCAGAAGAUGCCACCUUGAUGGAGCUGAAGUCUCAGGCCAUGACCUUGCCCUCCUUCUCGGAGUUUGUCAUCCCAUCCCCAGCCUUCCUCAGAGUCUGGACUGUGGAAAAUAAGCGCCCCAGCAGGCUUUUACGAGCCAACCAGCAGCAGCUCAAGGAAUAUAAACUGGGAAGGAGAAGUGAGAUCUGCGUAGAGCCCCUUCAGAAAGAAGAAAACUUGGGCCCCCAGGACGUGCUGCUGAGGACACAGAUGCGCCUCCCCGGCGAGAGGGCAUACGCCCUGCCCCUGGACUUGGUGUGGGAUGCUGCCCGAGGCUGGACUGCUGGCUCCCUCAGGCAGCGAGUUGCUGAUUUCUAUUCUCUUCCUGUGGAAAAAAUUGAAAUUGCCAAAUACUUUCCUGAAAAGUUUGAGUGGCUUCCAAUAUCUAGCUGGAACCAGCAAAUUACUAAGAGGAAAAAGAAGAAAAAGCAAGAUAAUUUGCAGGGGAUGCCUUAUUACUUGAAAGAUGGAGAUACUAUUGGUGUUAAGAAUCUCCUGGUUGAAGAUGAUGAUGACUUCAGUACAGUCAGAGAUGACAUUGGAAAAGAGAAACAGAAACAGCUCACUCUGGGAAAAAAGAAAAGCCAAGAAGCCCUGCGUGUGCAGAGCAGCCAUGUUUUCUCCGGGACAGAGGCGCCUGCCCGGCCCCGUGGACCAGAAGCUUCUCUCUCCAUCCACGUUGGGAGUUUCAGGUAGUGCUGGCAGCUGCCGCCAUCCCGGUGGGCACAGCGCCCAGGCGGUGCUGGUACCAGAGGAGCUGAUCUCCCCUGGGCCUGGCGGGGCCUCGUCGGCUGCAUGCACAGGGCUCUGUGUUCCUGCUACAAUUCGC